AUGUGGACUUCCAUAACCACUUGGUUUACUCCCUCCUCCCUUUUCAUCCUCGUCAACGCCGUCAUCGCCACCAUCGCCAUCACCUCCCGUUUCACCGCCGACAAAUCCCACCAUCUCCACGGCGGCCCUGUCCUCCUCCGCCCCCCUUCUUUCCUAGAAAGAGUCCGGUCCUUCAACUUCUCCCCCUACAACAACGACCACAAUCCGGACCCGGUUCCGGGUCCGGGUCCGUCGAUGUUGGAGCGGCUCAAAUCCAUAACCCUCAACAGAUCCGACUCAGUUCGUGAACCGGAAAUUGAACCGCCAGCGGCAGAACAGAGUCCAGAGAAGACCCAUCAAGACCAUUCCAUCAGUCGGAGCAAAUCCGAAACCCAAACCCAAACUCCAGCGACAAGCUUACGGCGGCGGUUGCAGAAAUCGCUGAGCGAGAAACUACCGUGGGCGUCGUUCACAACGGCACAGAGCGAAACAGGGGAAUUAGUCAGCGAAAUCGAACGGCGGCGUCCGGCGACGGCGAGAGCGGAGAUUGGAGAACCAGAAACGCAGGAAGGCGGCGGCGACGACGACGACAAGGAGGUGGAUGUUAGAGCUGACGAUUUCAUCAACAAAUUCAAACAGCAGCUGAAGUUGCAGAGGCUGGAAUCUCUGCUGCGUUACAGAGACAUGGUGAAGGGCGAAAAAUAA